AUGGAGGUGCAGGCGGACUGUCUGGAGCCCCCCACAGCUCCGCAAACAGACCCACAGCCAACAGGAAGGAUCAACAAAGCUGCCUUCAAACUCUUCGGAAGGAGGUCUACUGGUUCUGGAAUGGCGAGCUUCUUUUCUUUCCGAAACAAAGGAGCUACAAAUAUUGGAGCCAAUGGAAAUUCAGACAAUGGGAGUUCAUUGAACGGGAAUGGAUCAGCUGCAUCAGUUGAUCUUGUUAGGAGCAAAACACACGAUGGGCUAACAGACUCAAACAACGACGCGGAGGCACGGCCAGGGGAGGGACAUGGAAGCAUGGAGGCGGUGCCCGUGAGGUCUCUGAGCAAAUCGUUCAGCUUUUUCUCUUUUCUCAGACGUGGGAGCUUUAGAUCAAGUGACAAUGGGGGGGCGGGAUUUGUACGAAGAGGGAGGGGCCUCAAGGGGUUCUUCAGCAGCAUGCGAUGGAGGCGUAAAGAAAAAACAAUCGAAGGAGAUGUGGAGGAUAAAGAUGGACGUACAGAGAAAGCUGAGGAGAUUCCCGAUUGUGAAAAUGAUAUCACUCUUACCCUUGAGCCACCUCCUCCACAUCAUGCCCAGGAGGAUUGUGGGAAUACAACAGAGCAAUCUGAUAAGCAUGCAUCAGGGACCCCAACCACAAGUGUUACCAUGACACCCCAACACUGUGUUGCCAUGCCAGGCCCAUCUGGUGUGCCAGACAGCAGCUUCCCUUUCACGCCCACUGACUCGCCACUUCAUCCAGCCAUCCCGAAAACCAAAGCCUCCAUUUCCAGCCUCAGCCCAUCCCUUGCAACACCCCCACUUGAACGCUGCAGCACAGGCGACCCCCCUUCGGAGCCCUCGGUGGAUCGCCUCUGCUCCUUGCUUUUCACUGAUGUCACGUCCCUGAAAAGCUUUGAUUCACUGACUGGAUGUGGUGACAUUAUUGCUGAUGCAGAGGAAGAAGGCUCGGCUGGUAAUGGAGGCAGUGGAACCAGCAGCAGUAGCAGUGGGGGCGGAGGGGGCAGUUGCAGUGUUGGUAUGAAUUCAAGUGCAGUUAGAGCCCCCACUAUCACCUGCAGUGCCGUAACUCGAAUGUCCCCAUCUAAACCUCCUUUACAUCCUCAAGUGACCCAGGCCUACUCCACAAGCUCCAUGCCUUCCCUUACAGCUCGCAUUAGGCCACCAGAUUCCCCUCAGCACCAAAAUGGAAGUGGGAUAGUGGCGUAUAUGGGUGGAGGUGAGGAAAUGGCAAGUCCAGAGGGGGUUGAUGAUGCCGAUAUGCAAGGGCUCUGGCACAUGCUUCCUUCAACAAGAGACAACUCUCCAGCAUUGCCCAGAUCACAUCUACCUACACAACCAUCCACAAAUCCACCUAGGUCAGCAUCCAUCCAACCAAUUGCUCACCUGUCUUCAGCUGGUAGGAACAGCGAACGAAAGACACCCCAAGUCAAAGCACUAGGUCUAAGUAAAAUCCCAGUAGUUGGUAGUGGAGCGGGUGCUGUCAAACCACCUCUUCCACCUUCACAUAAUCGCCAUCCAACAUCACCAGGGGAAAAAGAGCUCCUUAGUGAUGAGGGUUAUUGGGACACACCUUCAGCCACACCCAUGGCAACACCAGAUGAAAGCCGGGAACAAGACAACAACAAAAUGAGCCUAUCGCGUGACAGUUGUUCAGGGGAUAACUUUUAUGACCUCUAUAAUGACCCAGAAGAGGAUGACGAUCAAGAACUUAACAGCACCCCUUCUCCAUCUUCUGUAUACAAACUUAGCCCGACUUCCCAAACUCCUCCAUCCUCUUCUUCAUCUUCCUCGUUUCGGUCAAUCAAAGGCAACACAAGUCUUUCCCGGGAAUCCAAGAUCCCGGUUAGCUCAAGACCAAUUUCUCCACCCCCUUCAACCAACCAAGAAACUGAACUGUCUCCACCAAAGACCCAAGCCCCUCCUCCGACCCGAACACGAAUCCCUGUUUCUAAGUUACCUGUACGUCGCUCUGGAAACAAACAAAGCAACCAGAAGUAG